GAGCGCAUCAAGGAGAAGCUGCAAACAACUGCAACUCGCGUUUGUUCUCGUUCUCCUCGGACUUCUCGUAACCGAGAGAGCCUCCCAUAUAUAACCGUCUGUCCGCUCUGUAACCGUAUCACACGAAGCUCCAAGAUGCCCUCGAAUCAGAAUGUACAAGGAGGCAAGGCGUUCGGACUGCUGAAAGCACAACAGAGGGACAAGCUGGAAGAAAUAAACAAGGAGUUCAUGGAGGACCAGAAGUACCAAGAUGAGGAAGAUUUGCCUGAGAAGCUGGAUUCCUUCAAAAAUAAAUAUGCGGAGUUUGACCUCAACGAUCAGGGAGAGAUCGACAUGAUGGGUCUGAAGAGGAUGAUGGAGAAGCUGGGGGUUCCUAAGACCCACCUAGAGAUGAAGAAAAUGAUUUCCGAGGUGACUGGCGGCUGCAGUGACACCAUCAACUACCGAGACUUUGUUAAGAUGAUGCUAGGCAAGCGCUCGGCUGUGCUCAAACUGGUGAUGAUGUUCGAGGACAAGGCUAACGGUGCAAGCUGCAAGCCUGAGGGCCCACCACCGAAACGCGACCUCACCAGCCUACCGUAAAGCACCGCAGGGGCGGAUACCUGGAGCCUGGGACAUCCCUCCAUCUGCAGGCCCCACCCAUUUCACAGCAAAGGCCUAAGUGUACAUAGCCAUACCCAACAUCUUUUGCUAAGAAACAGGGGGAAAAGGUCUUGCAGAAAAAAAUACAAAAGAUAAUUAUAUAUAUAUAUUUGAUGUGAAGGUCAAACCACAGAGUAGCAUUUUUUAUAAGUAAACAAAUGUAUAUAUUUAUAUGCGAAAUAGGUCUUUUUGAAGAAUCAUCAUCCCUUUUAAUAGAAUUGUUCUUUAAAAUGAACACAGUGUGUUUUGAUAAGUUACUUACUGUGAGUGGAGUAACAGUAGGAUGUGUAACGUGUGACUUGUGUGGAAUGAGAUUUUUCCUAAAACGUAAACCAUUAUAAUCCGGUAUUAAGGUGUUUGCCUUCUCCAUCACACCUUUCACUUUGAGUGUUUUGGCAGUAGCCGGAUAAGUUUAAUAAGCUUGAAGCAUUUAGACUUAAAUUACCACUAACCUUUGCCAUAGUCUGGCCAAUCAAGUGUGGUCUAGUUUAAUUUCAAUCCCAUGGGUGGCUCCAUGUUGCAGUGAGACUGAGUGGGACAUUAAUGUCAAAUACCAUGACAUUUGCGAAUACAAUAUGGAGGUUUAUGUUCUAAAUUUGGAAUUGAAAGAAACACGAAGAGACCAGGCAAAGAAAUGAGGGAGUUCCACAGGCUUUUGCUAAAAGAGAAAUAAGAAAUGUACUAUCUUAAAUACCCUGUAUCCUUUCCACAUAUCAGUUUCAUUUUUGCCAUCCUCAUGUUGACAUACUCCGUUCAAAUGUGAUUUGUGUAUGUGUGUAAAACACAGCUAAGCUGAAACAAAAUAAUGCAGCCUGUUUCAUCUAAAGCAGGGUUUUUUUUAGUCGUGACUAAAGCAUCACAGUUUAAUUGUCAUAUCUUUAAGGUCUUGUCUUACUCUUGAGUGUAAGGAUGAUUUUGUUGAUCACAAUAUGGCAGACAACAUCCAACAAGUCUGCUCACUGUAAAUUUAAUUGUCAGUCUUUCCAAGUGCCUCUUUCAGUCUAAUUUGUCUUAAACUCAUAGUUUGCAAUGGAAUAUGUGAGAGGAGAGAGAGUGAGCGUUAACUGUAUUAGUAUAGAAGUGCUUUGUGCAGAGCUGUUUGUAGGUACAGUCUAGGAAGUUCAUGUUUGUAAUGUUCCGCUGUAGCUUUUUGUUCAUUGGCUUGCUAUUUGCAGUAUUCAGUGCUGCUCUUGUGCACAUGCACCUCAAUAGCCCCCCGAGCAGUCAGCUGAAUCCAGUCCUGCUGCAGAGCGCCAGCGUGGCCAGUAUGUGGGGCAGAGCCAUCAAAGUGCCCUAAUGCAGUUCUUUGGGUUUUAGAUCACUGGAACAAAAAAAAAAAAAAAGUUUCACAGUGCAUCUUACAAGCUCAAACUAAAAUCUGCUUCUUGUGAGCUACCUACAGGCUCAUCUAUUUCAAGUGAUUUUAUUGUGGUUUUAUUUUCUGCAUUCCUGUAUUUACUUUUUUACUGUUUGUCCUUUUACAUUCUUGUUUUCCUAGAAUAGCAGCAUUGUUAGGGUUCUACCUUGAGUGUUUUGGAUUAUUAUUUUGUCCUUCUACUGUAUUUGCAUUUUUUUUUUAAUGUGAUUGGUCACCUGUUUAACAGGCUUUUUGUUGGUGGCAUCUUAUUUUUAAUACUUUUUUGCAAACACCAAAGGAAAUAAAGAUCUUCUGAUUACAC